AUGAACAACUUGAUUGUGAAGGUGAUUGUAUGCUUCACCCUGGCGAUGACACUGGCUUCAGGUUUCUCUCCCGCUCGGCUCCCCGUCCGGUCUCCUCCUGUCGUGCCUCAUGGGCGCGUUGCUAUGAGCAAGAGGCAACCGCCCCCAUGCACCGCAGCAGGUAGCCCGAGCACCAACUGCCGGUAUCCUCCUCACGAGCCCUGCGAGGCUUCCGGGCGUUGCCGGGUCGAUGGGCAGAGGUGCUCGAUACGGCGGCAGGCGGCUAGAGAGGCAGAGCUGAAAGACAAGAAGUAG